AUGUACAAACAGCCAGUUGGCACUUCUUAUCGAAUAAUUAUCAACAAAACAGUCGACGUUUGUGGACAUUUCGGAGGAAAACCAGACAUUCUUAUGCAAUGGUUUAUUGAUCUGAUUUGGAAGGAAAUGCCAAUGUCACUGUUGCAUCCGUGUCCAUAUUUGGGUCCAUUCUUGCUGCAUAACAUAACAAUUGACAUGAAAAUUCUUCAAAAAUUUCCCGAUGGAUUUUAUAAAGUUGUUAUGCAUUUCUACAAUGACGAUGAUCCAAAUAUUAUAACAGUAUUUACAACAUUUGAAGUUGCUGGAACUGGAUUGAAAGAAUUCUGA